AACAAGGACAAGCUUACAGUGCCCACGUUGGCGGAGCACCGUACCCUCAGCCUGCACAGAUACCGUACUCACAGACUUCGCAAGCGCAUUAUCCUCAGCAGCAGCCUCAACAGCAACUCCAACAGCAACUUCAUCCCCAACAACAACAGACACAGACACAGACACAACAACCUGCUGAGUAUUCCCCAGGAGUACAUGCUCAACAGCCGCAGCCGCAGUCACAGCCGCAGCCGCAGCCACAGCCACAGCUGCAAAGCCAGCAACAUCCACCUCAAAGUACUGGCCCGCCUUACGUUUUCGAUCCAAAUGCAACAUACCCAGAUCCAAAUGCUCAAGCAUGGGCGCAAUACUAUGCGCAGGGUGGGAUGGAUCCCGCUGGGGCUGUAUACUUUAUUUCAGUACCAGGCAUAAAUGAUACAUCGUCACCGCCAGAGCAAAACCCUCAAUCGCUGCAAUCAUCACUGGAUCCAUACCAAGCGCAGGCUCAGCAACCACCUGCACAUCAGGAAGCCACGCACCAACCGUCGACCUCCCAGCACGCAACGUAUACGGACCCCGACCCCCAGCAAAACCAAUACCCCUCGCAGCCAUACUACCAAGACCCUGCACCUGCCCCGCGGGUAUCACCAACCAGUGCAACUGGUGGCAUAUCUUCCCUGCAACGGGCGUCAUCUGCGACUGCAGGUAUCCCAAACCCGUACAGCUAUCAUUCUCCCUCACAUCAGCAACAGCUCUCUCCAACUGGACAGAGUGGAUACGCUGGACCAGGGUCUGAGGGACAUGGGUAUGCGCAGCCUGCGAGCCCCGCACCAGGUGGCUACGUUCAGGGUCCGCCGUCUGGGGCAGGGUAUGGGAGUUCGCCGUCGGGUGAGUACCCACAAGGUCCCGGGGCGCGUGGCAGUGUGCAUGCUUUACAAAAUCAGUUUUUGGACAUGUCAAUUGGGGGUCCAGAGGCUGCGACGUCGUGACCCUAAAUUAUUGUCUCAAAUUUGUGAUAUGCGAAUUAUUCUGGUAUUAUUCCGUGAGGGUAUGAACAUUCUUGUAGGAUCUAAUCAUCGCAUGUCCUUGAGACCUUUGGGCCAUCUACAGCUGUGGCUGGUCACAUUGUGCCUACGACUCGACAAACGAGCAAUCUCGGCAGACGCAUUUGCAUUUCCUUUGAUAUCCUUCGUUUAGAGGACAUUGAAAGCGUGUUAGCAGAACCACCUUUGUAAAUCACCCACGCACAUCAUCAUACUCGUCCUUGCUUUGUAGAACCAACUAGUGGUGGAGAGAUUGCCAUUGGUGGAUGUGAAGUCCUCCAGAACAUUCAAGCUCAAUUCAACGCGGAGCGAAGAAAGAAGUAUGGAAAAAAUGUUGUCCGCUUUUCCAGCGUCGCUCUAGAAAAAAGUGCUUACACC